AUGUUAGCUUUGAUCAAUCGUAUCCUUGAUUGGAUUAAAAGCUUGUUUUGGAAGGAGGAGAUGGAACUUACUCUGGUCGGCCUACAAUAUUCGGGGAAAACAACUUUUGUUAACGUCAUUGCCUCGGGUCAAUUCAGCGAAGACAUGAUACCAACCGUCGGCUUCAACAUGAGAAAGAUAACCAAAGGAAAUGUUACUAUUAAAGUGUGGGAUAUCGGUGGCCAGCCACGUUUCCGUUCCAUGUGGGAGAGGUACUGCAGAGGUGUGAACGCUAUUGUUUACAUGGUUGAUGCUGCUGAUCCCGAGAAGAUUGAGGCUUCCCGCAACGAGCUCCACAAUCUGUUGGAGAAGCAACAGCUGACCGGCAUACCUGUGCUUGUGUUGGGCAACAAACGGGACCUGCCACUCGCCCUGGACGAGCACGGGCUCAUUGAACGGAUGAAUUUAUCAGCCAUUCAAGACCGUGAAAUCUGCUGCUAUUCCAUAUCCUGCAAAGAGAAAGACAACAUCGAUAUAACUCUUCAAUGGCUCAUAUCUCACAGUAAGUCGGGCUCCUCUCACUAA